AUAUAAUUGUCCCAUCCAAUGGUAGCGCCCCGUAAUUAAUUAGCAUGUUGCGCGCCCUAAUCAUCCGCGCACCGGCGGCGUAUUUUAGCAACGCCCGCCGCUAUCUACACUCCGCCGCGGCUCCACCAAUCAGAGAAACCGGACUCUAUGGAUUCGACCACCUGAAAACUCCCAAAGGUUUCAACCGCAUGGUCGAUGAUGCAAUUGAACGGUCUAAUGAACUCGUCAAUUACAUUGCUGGAAUGCCUUCAGCUCCAGAAAUCAUUAAGUCGUUGGAUGAAAUUUCUGAUACGGUUUGUACAGUUAUCGACUCUGCGGAGUUAUGCAGGCAUACACAUCCUAAUAGGGAAUUUGUCGAGGAGGCAAGCAAGGCAUCUUUCCGUCUAUAUGAAUAUCUAAGUUAUCUUAACUCAAAUCAUAGUUUGUACCGCGCGGUUAUUCAAGCCGAGAAAAAUCAUCAUAUGCUUAGUGAAGAAGCUCUAAGGGCUGCCCGCCAUCUACGUAGUGACUUUGAGAAGGGUGGAAUUCAUCUCAGCCCUGAGAAAUUGGAUAGAAUUAAUCAGCUAAAUACAAACAUUCUUCAGCUUUGCAGAGAGUUCAAUGAAAAUAUUAUCACUGAUCCAGGUCAUGUGGAUAUAUUUCCAGCAUCACGUAUCCCAAAAAAAUUGCACCAUCUCGCUAAGCCCAUUCGUCAUCCUUCAUCAUCAGAGAAAGGAUUACGCUUAGUAACCGAACCUAACACUUUGUGUUCUAUUUUGCAAUUGACAUCUGAUGCUGAGGUCAGAAAACUGGCUUACCUCAGAGGAAAUUCUGCGCCACGUGCAAACCUGGUAGUCCUUGAUAAGCUUCUUUCAGCACGUCAUGAGUUUUCUGAGAUCUUGGGAUAUAACUCUUAUACUGAAUUUGCUGUGAAGGAAAAUAUGGCUUCAUCACCUGAAGUUGUUCUUUCUUUUCUGCAUGACAUGAGUGAAAUGGUCCGACCCAAGGCUGAUGAAGAAUUCAAGACAAUUUCGGAUUUUAAGAGGAGAAAGGGUGGCCAAUUAGUUGAAGACUUAGAACCAUGGGAUGAGCCAUACUUAACAAGAAUGAUGAAAUCUUCUGCUCACAAUUUGGAUUAUUCAGUUGUUGCAUCAUAUUUUUCCUUGCCACAAUGUAUCGAGGGGUUAAAAGUGGUGGCUGAGUCAUUGUUUGGUGUGAAAUGUCAUGAGAUUCCUCUUGGACCUGCUGAAUCAUGGCAUCCAGAUGUACUAAAAUUAUCUCUAAACCAUCCUGAUGAGGGGGAGUUGGGAUAUUUGUACCUUGAUUUAAAAUCAAGAAAGGAUAAGCAUCCUAUUUGUGCACAUUUUGCUAUCAAAGGAGGACGCAGAAUUUCAGAUACAGACUAUCAAUUACCAAUAGUAGCCCUUGUUUGCAGUUUUUCAGGGUCAAGUUUCCAAUCUGUGCGUCUUCACCAUUCUGAUUUAGAAACUCUAUUUCAUGAGUUUGGGCAUGCUCUUCACUCAUUGCUUUCACGAACGGAUUACCAACACUUUUCUGGGACAAGGGUGGUUACUGAUUUCGCCGAAACACCUUCAAACCUCUUUGAGUACUACGCAUGGGAUUAUCGGGUCUUGAAGACAUUUGGGAAGCAUUAUUCAACUGGUGAUCCGAUACCUGAAAACUUGGUAAAAUCGCUACAAGGAGCCAAACGUAUGUUUGCUGCAACCGAAUUACAAGGCCAGGUCUUCUAUGCGUUGAUUGACCAAGCACUUCACACGGCAAAGCCAUCCUCCGUAGAAGACACAAUUUCGAUAGUGGCAGAUUUGAAAAGAGAGCAUACAAGUUGGAAGUACGUGGAAGGAACACACUGGCAUUCUCGAUUCAGUCAUCUCGUUUCUUACGGUGCAGGUUACUACAGCUACUUGUAUGCAAAAUGCUUUGCGGCAACAAUAUGGCAAAAGAAAUGCAAGGAAGACCCGUUGUCGGUAGAAGCAGGAUCUGCUCUUAGGUCGAAAUUCUUGCAGUACGGUGGAGCCAAAGAUGCACCAGCUAUAUUGGAUGAUCUUGUUGGGAAUUCUGUGACGAAAAAUCGGAAUGGAGGAAUUGUUCCUGAUAUUACUUGCCUUGGUCAGGAGAUGAAACUAUUCAAAUAGAGCCAGUUAUCUUGAUAAAUCCAAGGAGACAAAAUGAAUCGACGACUAAGUCUCCAGCCAGGUAUGCUGAUUCUUUCGUACCCAUUAGGGUAGAGGCAAUUUCAUUGAUUCAUCGUAUGUGAGUUGUUUUGUUAUUUAAUUUUUUUUCUGAAGAAAAUCCCGAGAGAAGACGUCUAGGCAAAAGUCUGCGUGCACUAGGAGCAUGAAAUUUUCUUAGGAUACAAGUGAUAACUUGAGCCGUUCGAUAAUUAUA